UCCCAUACACUUCUCUCUUCUCUGCUCUUCUCUGAACUCUUUACUUACCUUUCUUCAAAAUACUGUCUUUGGAGAUCAACUUUUUCAUUCGGGUCGUGUAUGAAACAGCUAGUUGAGAAAGACCAAAUUCUUUUUUGUUUGAUAGUUCCUAAUGCUUUGCUAUGUCCAGCCAGACAUCUGCAACUACACACUCCCUGCUGAGGAACUGGCUGGGAGACAAAGAAAUGGAAAACUGUAAAGAAGUCACCAUGUGAUGUGAGCAGAGAGUUUUCUUGGCAGGAUAGCUGAAUUAAGACCAUAAUCCUUUUCAGAAAGCAGUCAGAAGCGGAACUAUUCGCCGUAAACGUGAAAUUAAAAGCAUGAUGUAGUAAUGACUGAGAAGGAAUGUGAAUCUUUUCCAGGGCAUGCAGAGAGACCUGUGGAUGAACUGUUUCUAGAUUCUUGUUCCAGCUUUCCUGCGAACUCCUGUAUUAGUUUUUUAAUUGCUGCUGUGACAAAUGACUACACACUUGAUGGCUUGAAGCAAAACAGAUUUAUCAUCCUACAGUUUGGGAGGGUUGGAAUGCGACCAUUGUUCUGCCUACCACGUUCUCUUCAAUUCUCCCUCACCUUUCAGAUGAUCAUCUACCUUCCCUCAUGUUCCAGCAUUUGGGGGCUCCUGAUAACGACAGCACAAACUGAAGCCUGUGGAUAAAAGCCUGACUGGAUUCCACACUGCCCGUCUGGAUGAUGAUGUCUUCAUAUUGAUGAGUGGAUACCAAUCCAUUGCUUGUGAGUCCUACACAGUACUCUGUGGACUGUAGUCAUUAAAAUAUGUUUUACAACAUCGUGCCCCAAUAAUCCACAUUAUGAAGAGCAUCUUUACACAGGUCCCCUCAUGAACUCAUGUGAAAAUCCCUUGGCAUACAUACCCAGGAGCACAACUGAUUGAUGACAGUCCUAAUGAAUUGGUAAUGCAUCACUAAAAUGGCUGUGCCUUCACGUUUACUUCCUUGACUUCCUCGUUUUAAAAUAAACAGGUCAGAAUGAACAAGAGGCACAUCAGUGUGGGUCAGCAAACGUGGGCCCUUCUCUGCAAGAAUUUCCUUAAAAAAUGGAGGAUGAAGAGAGAGACUUUGUUGGAAUGGUUUUUCUCACUCCUCCUAGUCUUAUUUGCCUACCUAUUAUCCUCCGAUAUAUAUCAAAAUAAUGAUUUUCCUGAGAUGCCUGCCAUGGAUCUGGGACGUGUAGAUAAUUUUAAUGAUUCUAAUUAUAUUAUUGCCUUUGCACCCGAAUCCAAAACAACCCAGGAGAUAAUGAACCGAGUGGCUUCAGCUCCAUUCAUGAAAGGAAAGACAAUCGUGGGUAAGCCUGAUGAAAAAAGCAUGAGUGAAUUGGAUUUAAACUAUUCUGGAGAUGUAGUGAGAGUCAUCUUUAGUGAUAACUGCUCAUAUCAUUUGAAGUUUUUCUGGGGAAGUAGAAUCCCCAGCAUGAAGGAACACAGAGACCAUUCAGCUCAUUGUCAAAUAGCAAGUGAGAAAGUUACAUGUGAAGCUUCAGCAUUCUGGGAGAGAGGCUUUGUAGCUUUUCAAGCUGCCAUUAAUGCUGCUAUCAUAGAAAUCACAACAAACCAUUCAGUGAUGGAAGAGCUCAUGUCAGUUACUGGGGUACAUAUGAAGAUACUACCUUUUGUUCCUCAAGCAGGAGUUAAAACUGAUGUCUUCAUUUUCUUUUGCAUUUUGUCUUUUUCUACAUUCAUUUACCACGUGUCAGUCAAUGUUACCCAAGAAAGACAACACAUUAAGUCAUUGAUGAUAAUGAUGGGACUUCGAGAGUCAGCAUUCUGGCUCUCCUGGGGUUUGAUGUAUGCUGGCUUCAUCUUUAUUAUGGCUACUCUGAUGGCUCUUAUUGUAAAACACACCCACAUUGUCGUCCUAACUGGCUUUGUGGUGGUCUUCACCCUCUUUCUCCUCUAUGGCCUGUCUUUGAUAACUUUAGCUUUUCUGAUAAGUAUGCUGGUCAAGAAAGCUUUCCUUACUGGCUUGGUCGUCUUUCUCCUCACUGUGUUUUGGGGGAGUCUGGGGUUCACUGCAUUGUACAGACAUCUUCCGGCUUUUUUGGAAUGGACCUUAUGUCUUCUUAGCCCUUUUGCUUUCACUGCUGGAAUGGCCCAGCUUCUACAUUUGGACUAUGACGUGAAUACUAACAUCCAUUUGGAUUCUUCAAACAACCCAAACCUAAUAAUAGCUACUUUUUUCAUGUUGGUUUUUGAUACUCUUCUCUAUUUGGUAUUGACGCUAUAUUUUGACAAAAUUUUGCCCACUGAAUAUGGACGUCAACGUUCUCCCUGGUUUUUCCUGAAAUCCUCCUUUUGGUUUCAACACCAAAGGGCUGACCAUGUGGCCCUUGAGAACGAAAUAGAUUUAGAUUCUUCCUUUAACGACUCUUUUGAACCAGUGUCUCCAGAAUUCCAUGGGAAAGAAGCCAUCAGAAUAAAAAACCUUAAAAAGGAAUAUAAAAAAGGAAAGCAUGAAAAAGUAGAAGCUUUGAAAGGCCUGGUAUGUGACAUAUACGAAGGCCAGAUUACUGCCCUCCUUGGUCACAGUGGAGCUGGGAAAACGACCCUGUUAAACAUGCUCAAUGGACUGUCGGUCCCAACAUCAGGUUCGGUCACCAUCUAUAACCACUCACUUUCGGAAAUGACUAACUUGGAAACUGUCAGCAAGCUUACCGGAGUUUGUCCACAAUCCAAUGUUCAGUUUGGCUUCCUCACUGUGAGAGAAAACCUCAGACUGUUUGCUAAAAUAAAAGGGAUUCAGCCACAGGAAGUGGAGCCAGAGGUACAAAGAGUUUUACGGGACUUGGAGAUGGAAUCUAUUCAAGACAUCCUUGCUCAGAAUUUAAGCGGUGGACAAAAAAGGAAACUCACUUUUGGGAUUGCCAUUUUAGGAGAUCCUCAGAUCUUGCUACUGGAUGAACCAACUGCUGGAUCAGAUCCUCUUUCAAGGCAUCGUGUGUGGAACCUUCUGAAAGAGAGGAAAUCAGACAGAGUGAUUCUCUUCAGUACCCAGUUCAUGGAUGAGGCUGACAUCCUGGCUGAUCGGAAGGUGUUUAUAUCUAAUGGGAAGCUGAAAUGUGCAGGCUCUUCUCUAUUCCUGAAGAAGAAAUGGGGUAUUGGCUACCACUUGAGUCUGCAUCUGAAUGAAAUGUGCAAUCCAGAGAAUAUAACAUCGCUUGUUAAACAACACAUCCCCGAUGCCAAAUUAACAGCACACAGUGAAGAAAAACUUGUAUAUACUUUGCCUUUGGAAAGGACAAACAAAUUUCCAGAUCUUUGCAGCGAUCUUGAUAGAUGUUCUAACCAUGGCAUUGAGAAUUAUGGUGUUUCCAUGACAACUUUGAAUGAGGUGUUCUUGAAAUUAGAAGGAAAGUCAGCUAUUGAUGAAUCAGAUAUCGGAAUUUGGGGACAAUUACAAAAUGAUAGAACAAAAGGCACCGAAGGCCUUGUUGAGCUGCAAGAAGUGUUGUCCUCCUUUAAUGAAACAAAGAAAGCAGUCUGUGGCAUGGCUCUCUGGAGGCAGCAGACCUGUGCAAUAGCGAAAGUUCGCUUCCUAAAGUUAAAGAAUGAAAAAAAAACUCUGAUGACCAUAUUAUUGCUUUUGGGCAUUAGCUUUUGCCCUCAGCUUUUGGAGCAUGUAUUCUAUGAGGUAUAUCAAAAGAGUUUUUCUUGGGGACUGUCUCCUAGCAUGUACUUCCUCUCACCGGGACAACCGCCUCACGCUCCACUGACCCAUUUACUGGUCAUCAACAAAACAGGGUCAAGCAUUGAAAACUUUAUACAUUCACUGAGACAACAGAACAUAGCUUUGGACGUGGAUGCCUUGGGAACUAGAAACGGUCCAAACGAGCUGUCAUACAAUGGUGCUAUCACUGUGUCAGGUGAUGACAAGGAUCACAGAUUUUCAAUAGCAUGUAAUCCCAAAAGGCUGAAUUGCUUUCCUGUCCUCAUGGAAAUCAUUAGCAAUGGGCUACUUGGGGUUUUUAAUUCUUCAGAACACAUUCAGACUUACAGAAGCACAUAUUUUGAAGAACGCAUGUCUGAUGAGUACGGGUACAUGAGUAAUGCCUUCUUCUGGAUCCCUGUGGCAGCUUGUUUUACUCCUUACAUUGCAAUGGGCAGCAUUGGAGACUAUAAAAAAAAAGUUCACUCCCAGCUACGGAUUUCGGGGCUCUUCCCUUCUGCUUACUGGUUUGGGCAGGCGCUGGUGGAUGUCCCACUGUACUUCUUGGUCCUCCUUGUAAUGCAAAUAAUGGAUUACAUUUUUAACCCAGAGGAAAUUGUAUUUGUAAUUCAAAACCUGUUAUUUCAGAUCCUGUGCAGUAUUGGAUAUGUCUUAUCUCUUAUUUUCUUGACAUAUGUGAUUUCAUUCAUUUUUCGCAAUGGGAAAAAAAAUAGUGGCAUUUGGUCAUUUUUCUUCUUAAUUAUCACCAUCUUCUCGAUAGUCGCUACUGAGAUAAAUGAGUAUGGAUUUCUAGAGCUGUUGCCCUGUACCAUAUUAAUACCGCCAUUCACACUGAUUGGCUCUCUAUUCAUUUUUUCUGAGAUUUCUCCUGACGCUGGGGAAUAUUUAGGAGCUUCAGAACAUCAUAUUUUAUUUCUGGCAUUGCUAAUCCCUUACUUUCAAUUUCUCAUUUUCCUUUUUGUUCUACGAUGUCUGGAAAUGAACUUUCGGAAGAAAUCAAUGAGAAAGGAUCCUGUGUUCAGAAUUUCAUCAAGAAACCAUGAUGUUCUUCCAAACCCAGAAGAACCAGAAGGAGAAAAUGAGGACGUCCAGAUGGAAAGAGCAAAAACAGCAAAUGCUGUGACUGUCCCAGACUCUGAUGAGAAUCCAGUCAUCAUUGCCAGCUGCCUACGAAAGGAAUAUGCGCAGAAAAAGAAAAACUGCUUUGCCAAGAGGAAAAAAAAAGUGGCCACAAGAAAUGUCUCUUUCCGUGUUAAAAAAGGUGAAGUUAUCGGUCUGUUAGGACACAAUGGAGCUGGUAAAAGUACAAUGAUUAAGAUGAUAACAGGGGACACAAAACCAACCGCAGGGCAGGUGAUUUUGAAAGGGAGCAGCGGAAGGGACCCCCUGGGGUUCCUGGGGUACUGUCCUCAGGAGAACGCGCUGUGGCCCAACCUGACGGUGAGGGAACAUCUGGAGGUGUUUGCGGCCGUGAAAGGGCUGAGGAAAGCGGACGCUGCCGUAGCCAUCACACGGUUGGUGGAUGCGCUCAAGCUGCAGGACCAGCAGAGGCGUCCGGUGAAGGCCUUAUCCGAGGGAAUAAAGAGAAAGCUGUGCUUCGCGCUGAGCAUCCUGGGAAAGCCGUCGGUGGUGCUGCUGGACGAGCCGUCCACGGGGAUGGACCCCGAGGGGCAGCAGCAGAUGUGGCAGGCGAUCCGGGCCACCUUUAGAAACACGGAGAGGGGCGCCCUCCUGACCACCCAUUACAUGGCAGAGGCUGAGGCCGUGUGUGACCGCGUGGCCAUCAUGGUGUCCGGAAGGCUGAGGUGUAUCGGUUCGAUCCAGCACCUGAAGAGCAAAUUUGGCAAGGAUUACCUGUUGGAGAUGAAGGUGAAGACCCUGGCCCAAGUGGAGGCCCUCCACACUGAAAUUCUGAGGCUUUUCCCCCAGGCUGCCCGGCAGGACAGGUAUUCCUCUCUGAUGGUCUAUAAGUUGCCUGUGGAGGAUGUGCAACCUUUAUCACAGGCAUUCUUCAAAUUGGAGAUAGUUAAACAGAGCUUCGACCUGGAGGAGUACAGCCUCUCACAGUCCACCUUGGAGCAGGUUUUCCUAGAUCUCUCCAAGGAGCAGGAGCUGGAAGAUUUUGAUGAAGACCAGGUUGAUCUCUCAGUGAAGUGGAAGCUGCUCCCGCAUGAAGAGCCUUGAAGCCCCACCUAGUCUACGUUGCUCUUUAAGCUUGUCACUCUUUUUAAAAUACUAUUUGAUAUCAUUAAUAUACCUUAUCUCAGAUAUGUACAAGGUGCUUUUGAAACUCCUGUCAUAUUGUUCUCAAUAAUAUUACUUCUAGUGGGACUAAGGAGUAAGGUCAGUGAGAGCAGUGAGGAAGCCAGAUCGGACAGCCUGUGACCAGCAACUAAGUCCCAUGUUUCAUACAGCAAUAAGCUAAAAAAAUACAUUUACUAUGGAGUUGUUUAUGUUUCUGAGAACAGUAUAGAGAUUGCUUCAUUUUCUUCCUCUGCACUUCAAAAUAGUGAAUGUUUUCUUGUCUUUUUGAUUAAAGUGUAAAGACAACGCUGAUUUUAGGGGAAAGGGAGUCGAUUUCACAGCAGCACAUUUUGAUCUUACUUCUUAAUUCACUGAUUUUCCUUUUCUGUCAUUUGUCAGAUUUUAGAUUGUAGAGUCCGUGUUUCAUCUGUUGUGACUAUAAAGGAAAUUUGAAACCUGUUAAAAUAAAUAAUUGCAGUAAGAAUUUAAAUAAUCAAGUUGAAAAUAUAUAUAUUAUAUCUUAUAUACAAGUCUGAAACAUAUUUCUGAUUUCAUAUGUUUUCUUAUAAUGCGAGGGUCUACCCUUAUGCAAAGCUAAAAUUUCAUAAAUCUUAAUUUCUCAUGUCUUUAUAUGUCAUUGUUUAUUCAACUGGUGACUCUAUAGACACCUUAAAAUCAACACAAUCUACUUGUAUCCUCAUAUUUAGAUGACUUUUUAUUGUUGUUCUUGCUACUUUUAUUGUUGCACGAGACACUAAGUUUAUGGUAAUUAGUUGUACAGCAAUAAAUGUCAAAGACAGGCAUAUAAAUAAACAUAUUUAGAGAAGUUGACUUUCCCAAAGUUACAGGUCACCUGGGCCUAGAAUUCAAUCCCAGGAGUCUGUCUGAUUCCACCUACUUUAAACUAUCAUCAAGAAGUUAUCAAUACUGAUUAAGGUUGCAAUAAAGGUAUAAAGAACA